AUGGCGAUCAAGAAAGCUGUUGAUGGAGAUGAUCAAGAGAAGAAGAAGGGAUCAGAAGUACUACCGUAUUACAAGCUAUUCUCAUUUGCAGAUAGAUAUGAUAUUCUAAUGAUGUUCAUAGGUACAGUUUCUUCUGUCGUGAGUGGUUUGGGGUUGCCGCUCUUAGUUCCAAUGCUUGGACAAGUUGUCGACUCCAUCGGAAGAUUUGAAAAUUCAAAUUUGGUUAACAAGAUUGCAUUGAAGACGGUUUAUUUGGGGAUUGCGGUCGGCAUUGCCACCUUUAUGCAGAUGUCUUGCUGGAUUGUGACAGGAGAGCGACAAGCAAAUCGAAUUCGGGUUGCAUAUCUACAAGCUGUGCUGAAGCAAGAUAUUACAUUCUUUGACCUGAAAACCACAACAGGGGAAGUCAUUAUUGGCUUAACUUGUGACACUAACAUUAUUCAGGAUGCCAUUGGUGAAAAGGUUGGGAAGUUCAUACAGCUCGUAACGACUUUUUUGGUUUCAUAUGCCAUUGCGUUUGGAAAAGGUUGGUCCCUCGCCCUUUUAGUGUUAUCAUGCGCUCCUCCCCUUGCAAUUACUAGUAUCUUCGUGGCGAAGUACGUGUCGAAAGUUUCUUACCAAGGACAAGCAGCAAAUGCUGAGGCUGCAGAAGUAGUCGGACAAACAGUGGGAGCUAUUCGAACGGUAGCAUCUUUCACUGGAGAAAAGGAAGCUGUAAAUAAGUAUAACAAAAUACUUCCAAAAACAUAUACCUUCAUGACAAAGCAAGCAUUUGCCUCUGGCCUAGGAUUUGGUGCUGCACUUGGAGUUUUGUACAGUUUUUACGGGCUAGCAAUGUGGUAUGGCUCUAAGUUGAUCACUGAGAAAGGCUUCCAUGGCGGGAAUAUCACCAACAUUAUAUUCUCUCUUGGAAUUGGCGGAAUUGCACUAUGCCAAGCAUUUCCAUGCUUGAGUGUAUUUAUAGCCGGAAAAACUGUGAGCUAUAAGAUGUUUAAAGUAAUAAAACGAAAGCCUUUGAUCGAUAUCUCAGAGAAGAAAGGAAUUGUAUUAGAAAACGUCAACGGUGAUAUAAAUUUGAAAGAUAUCUACUUCAGUUACCCGACAAGACCUGAGGUUCAGGUACUAUCAGGUUUCUCAUUAUGCGUUCCUAGUGGAACUACUGCAGCUUUGGUUGGACAAAGUGGAAGUGGAAAGUCUACUGUGAUUAGUCUAGUAGAGAGAUUUUAUGAUCCCCAAGCCGGUGAAGUACUUAUUGACGGUGUUAACUUGAAGGAACUACAACUUAAGUGGGUUAGAGAGAAUGUUGUUGGACUAGUAAGCCAGGAACCAACAUUGUUUGCAACCACAAUAAAAGAAAACAUUAUGUAUGGAAAGAAAAAUGCAACUGAAGAAGAAAUAUAUCGGGCAGUCAAGCUCGCCAAUGCUGCAAAUUUCAUUGACGAGUUGCCUCUGGGGAUUGAAACAAUGAUAAGCGGCAUUCAGCUAUCUGGCGGGCAAAAACAAAGGAUUGCAAUUGCAAGGGCCAUAUUGAAGAACCCAAAGAUCCUACUUCUUGAUGAAGCCACGAGUGCGUUGGAUGUUAAGUCUGAGAAAAUAGUGAAAGAUGCUUUAGAGCGUAUAAUGUUGAAUCGAACAACUAUCGUUGUUGCCCAUCGGUUAACAACCAUUAAAGAUGCCAAAAUUAUUAAUGUGGUACAUCAAGGAAAAAUUGUGGAGCAAGGAACUCACACGGAAUUAAUCAUGAAUCAAAAUGGAGUAUACUCUCAGCUCAUUCGUCUUCAAGAGGAUGCUACAAACAGUGAUUAUGUGCCAUCUUCAGAUGAUAUUUAUGUCGAUACUCCAGUACUUCAUGACGGAGUAGUUGAUAUAAAACACAAGAAAAUAGACAUUGAUAUAGUUAACAAACAAGAUCGACUAACGCAACACAAGGCUUGUCUUAAACUAUUAGCUUACUCGAACAAGGCAGAAGUGGUAAUUUUAAUGUUAGGACUGGUUGCUUCGGGGAUAAAAGGUCUAAUGCCUCCUAUCCUUGGAUUCUUACUCUCGAGAAUAAUUAGGAUUUUCUAUGAAGAACCAAAUGAGCUUCUCAGAGAUGCAAAGAUAUGGUCCUUGAUGUUUGUAGCACUUGGCUGUAUUGGUUUAAUUUUUAUACCUAUGCAGCAGUACUUUUUAGGGGUUGCAGGUGGUAAACUAGUCCAACGGAUUAGAUCCUUGUGUUUCGAAAAAAUUGUGCACCAAGAAAUGAGUUGGUUUGAUGACCACACAAAUUCAAGUGGUGCAUUGGGGACAUGGUUAUCUACGGAUUCAUUGAGGGUUCAGACUCUUGUUGGAGAUUACUUGUCCUUAUGGGUUCAGAACAUAUCGACAACAACUGUAGCACUUCUCAUGGCUUUUAUAUCUAGUUGGCAAUAUACACUUGUGCUUAUUAUGUUGUUGCCUCUAUUUUCGUUAGAAGGAUAUGCACAAAUGAAGUUUACAGAAAGUUCAAGUGAAGAUGGCGAAAAGGUGAAGUAUGAAGAAGCAAAUCAAGUUGCAUUUGGUGCUGUGGGAGGUAUCAGAACGGUUGCAUCUUUUAACGCGGAAGAAAAGGUUGCUAAUCUUUACAAAAUUAAAUGCACGAAUUCCAGGAGACAAGAAAACCGCCGAGGAUUGAUAACUGGAGUUGGAUUUGGCUUUGCUGUAUUUCUAAUCUACGCUGGUGCUGCUAUUUGUUUUUAUGCCGGCAACCAUUUUGUGAGAGAUGGAAAGACGACUUUUGAAGAAAUGUUUAGGGUUAUCUUGGUGUUGUUUAUUUCAGUGGUGGAUAGUUCAACAAAUGCCAUGGCUCCUGAUUUCAACAAAGCUAGGGAAUCUGCUGCUUCUAUUUUUAAAAUUCUAAGUAGCAAACCUAAGAUUGAUUCCAGCAGCAAUACAGGUUUAACACUAGCUAAUGUGGAAGGCGAUAUUGAUUUUCGCAAUGUCAGCUUCAAUUACCCAUCGCGCUCUUCUGUACCUAUCUUGAAAGAUUUCUGCCUAAACAUCCCAUCUGGAAAGAUAGUUGCACUUGUUGGGGAGAGUGGGUGUGGUAAAUCAACAGUUAUCAGUCUACUACAAAGACUUUACGAUGUCGAUUCUGGGUGUAUAUUAUUGGAUGGAGUGGAAAUUCAAAAGUUCAAGAUUAGUUGGUUGAGGCAACAAAUGGGAUUAGUAAGUCAAGAACCUAUACUAUUUAACGACACAAUUAAAGCUAAUAUUGCAUAUGGUAAACAAGGAAUAACUUCCGAAGAGGAGAUCCUGGCAGCCACAAAGGCCUCAAAUGCGCAUAAUUUCAUAUCAGCAUUGCCAGAGGGAUACGAUACUUUAGUUGGGGAGAAAGGAAUUCAGUUAUCCGGUGGCCAGAAACAACGUAUUGCUAUAGCAAGAGCAAUACUGAAAGAUCCUAAGAUCCUUCUACUCGACGAGGCAACAAGUGCACUAGACGCGGAAUCAGAACAUAUAGUACAAGAAGCAUUUGAAAAAGUAAUGAAAAACAGGACAACAGUUGUCGUAGCUCAUCGUUUAUCUAGUGUUAAAGGAGCAAAUAUAAUUGCAGUGGUCAAAGAUGGUAUGGUCGUUGAACAAGGAAGUUCUGAAGUACUUUUGAACAUGAGAGAUGGAGCUUAUGCAUCACUUCAUAACUUGAAUUUAUCAACAAUGUAACUACACUCUUGUCCAAAA